CCCGGUUAAGGGGGGGGGGGGGGGUGGGCGGUGUGGAAAAUGCCCUGGGUUGGGAGGUCCCGGGUCCCAACGGGGCUGUGAGAAUUCGGUAAGUUUCGUGGCCUCUCUAAGCCUCAGUCUCUCUGUCUGUAAAAUGAGUUUUCUUCCAGCUCCGAACUUAUGCGGCUCUGUGGCUCCCCUGGCCGAGCACGGGGGAGAGGGUAGGAGGAUGGAGGGCCAAGGAAAAGGCAGUUAGAAGGAUGAGAAUGAGACAGAUUGCACACUGUCCUGGUGAGGUUGGCGUUAUUAUCACCCCCAUUUUACAGAGGUGAAAACGGAGGCACGGAAAAGUGAAAACUGACUUGAUUUUAGAAGUCUAGAGCUGAACCAAGUUUGGAACCUGGGUCUUCCGGCUGAUAGCAUGGAACUCUGUCCUUUUGAACACAGUGGUGGGUGGAAUUGAAGAAUUCUGAAUUCACAAUUCAGGAGAAUUCUGAAGAGGAGGUGAGGAAGUCAGAGAAGGAGGAGGGGAGGCUGAGUGCCCCCUCCCCCACCCCCGCUGGGAGUCUAGAGAUGCAGCAGGGCCCAUGGCGGACGCCCAGUACAUCCUGCCCAAUGACAUCGGUGUGUCUAGCCUGGACUGCCGCGAGGCCUUCCGCCUGCUGUCACCCACAGAACGCCUGUAUGCCCACCAUCUGUCACGGGCCGCCUGGUACGGAGGCCUGGCUGUGCUGCUGCAGACCUCCCCUGAGGCCCCCUACAUCUAUGCCCUGCUCAGCCGCCUCUUCCGUGCCCAGGACCCAGACCAGCUGCGCCAGCAUGCCCUGGCUGAGGGCCUUACCGAGGAGGAGUAUCAGGCGUUCCUGGUCUAUGCUGCAGGUAUCUACUCCAACAUGGGCAACUACAAGUCCUUUGGCGACACCAAGUUUGUUCCCAACCUGCCCAAGGAGAAGCUGGAACGUGUGAUCCUGGGAAGUAAGGCUGCUCAGCAGAACCCGGCAGAAGUCAGGAGCCUCUGGCAGACCUGCGGGGAGCUCAUGUUCUCUCUGGAGCCGCGGCUUCGACACCUCGGGCUGGGGAAGGAGGGAAUCACCACCUAUUUCUCCGGGGAUUGCACCAUGGAAGAUGCCAAACUGGCCCAAGACUUUCUGGACUCACAGAACCUCAGUGCCUACAACACGCGGCUCUUCAAGGAUGUCGACCAGGAUGGGAAGCCCCGCUAUGAGGUGCGGCUGGCUUCUGUACUUGGCACGGAGUCUGCUCUGCAUUCCGAAAUGACGUCCAGGCUGAAGAGCUAUGAAUUCCGUGGAAACCAUUUUCAGGUGACGCGGGGGGACUAUGCACCUAUCCUCCAGAAGGUGGUGGAGCACCUGGAGAAAGCCAAGGCAUAUGCAGCCAACAGCCGGCAGGAACAGAUGCUGGCUCAGUACAUAGAGAGUUUCACCCAGGGCUCCAUCGAGGCCCACAAGAGGGGCUCCCGCUUCUGGAUACAGGACAAAGGCCCCAUCGUAGAGAGUUACAUCGGGUUCAUCGAGAGCUACCGAGACCCCUUUGGUUCCCGUGGAGAGUUUGAAGGCUUUGUGGCCAUGGUGAACAAGGCCAUGAGUGCCAAGUUUGAGUGUCUGGUGGCAAGCGCAGAACAGCUGCUGAAGGAGCUGCCCUGGCCCCCGGCCUUCGAGAAGGACAAGUUCCUCAGCCCCGACUUCACCUCCCUGGAUGUUCUCACCUUCUCUGGCUCUGGCAUCCCUGCUGGCAUCAACAUCCCCAACUAUGACGACCUAAGGCAGACGGAAGGCUUUAAGAACGUGUCACUGGGGAACGUGCUGGCUGUGGCCUACGCUACACAGCGGGAGAAGCUUACCUUCCUGGAGGAGGAUGACAAGGACCUGUACAUCCGCUGGAAGGGGCCCUCCUUUGAUGUGCAGGUGGGACUGCACGAGCUGCUGGGACACGGCAGCGGCAAGCUCUUUGUGCAGGAUGAAAAAGGAGCAUUUAACUUUGACCAGGAAACAGUGAUCAACCCAGAGACGGGGGAGCAGAUUCAGAGCUGGUACCGGAGCGGGGAGACCUGGGACAGCAAGUUCAGCACCAUCGCCUCUAGCUAUGAAGAAUGCCGGGCUGAAAGCGUGGGCCUCUACCUCUGCCUCAACCCCCAAGUGCUGGAGAUCUUUGGCUUUGAGGGGGCUGAUGCGGAAGAUGUGAUCUAUGUGAACUGGCUCAACAUGGUUCGGGCCGGACUGCUCGCUCUGGAGUUCUACACCCCUGAGGUGUCUAGCUGGAGACAGGCCCACAUGCAGGCCCGGUUUGUGAUCCUGAGGGUCUUGCUGGAGGCUGGCGAGGGACUCGUCACUGUCACUCCCACCACAGGCACUGACGGGCGGCCAGAUGCCCGGGUCCGCCUUGACCGCAACAAGAUCCGGUCUGUGGGCAAGCCUGCCCUGGAGCGGUUCCUCAGGAGACUUCAGGUGUUGAAGUCCACGGGAGAUGUGGCCGGAGGCCGGGCCCUGUAUGAGGGGUACGCAGCAGUCACUGAUGCACCCCCUGAGUGCUUCCUCACCCUCAGGGAUACCGUGCUGCUCCGCAAGGAAUCUCGGAAGCUCAUCGUUCAGCCCAACACUCGUCUUGAAGGCUCAGAAGUGCAGCUCCUCGAGUAUGAGGCCUCGGCUGCUGGUCUCAUCCAAUCCUUCUCUGAGCGCUUCCCAGAGGACGGGCCCGAGUUGGAGGAGAUCCUCACCCAACUGGCCACAGCUGAUGCCCGGUUCUGGAAGUGCCCCAGUGAGGCCCCAUCUGGCCAGGCUUGAGACCGAUUUAUGCAGCUCCUCCCUCAACUCCAUCAAACCACGUGUAUGCUAGGGGAGGAGCAGGAGCUCAGACCUUGGUGCUACCUCAGCCGAGGGUGGUGACACUAACCUCUUCCAUUUGUCAGCACUUUCCAGUUUACCAAGUGCUUCUCCUGUGUUAUCUCAUUUGAUCUGCACUGCCCUUGGUAGAGUGGGCAAGGCCAGGCUCCUUAUUCUGCUUCCCAAGUGAGGGAAUGGAAGUUGUGAGAAGUGACCUGUCUAGAUCCUGCAGGACUCAAAACCUCUCCCAAUCCAGUGCUCUUCAUGUAUUACUUUUAUAACCAGAAAAAUAAAUAUUAGAAACAACCAC